UCUGGUGUGGAGUAGCUAUGGGACAUUCUUCCUUAACUGUUCUAUAAUUCUCAGGAAAAUAUGGCUCAGGCUCUUGGUAUUUGUCUCCGGCUUCUUGAAAACAACAGAUCCUCUGACAGCGUGAGAAAUACUGCUGCAGCAACCUUCAGGCAAGCAGUAGCAUUAAUUUUUGAUCACGUGGUUUGUGCCGAGUCACUGCCUGCUGGCAAGUUUGGUUCUGGAGGAUACAGUUCUCGAAGUAGUUCAGUUACUAGUGAUAUUAAUCGUAGCAUUAAUCGUGCAGAGUCACUUGAGCAUGAAUUUAUAUCUGGAGGGCAAUCAUUGAUGAGGGAGACCCUUACUACAGCUGGAAAGCAUGGGCUUCGAUUGCUCGAAGACCUGACAGCUCUAGCUGCAGGUGGAUCUGCAAUUUGGUUACGUGUCAGUUAUAUUCAACGGACAUUUGCACUUGAUAUACUCGAGUUCAUUCUGUCUAAUUAUGUGGUUGUGUUCAGAACAUUGGUUCCAUAUGAACAGGUUUUGCGCCACCAGAUAUGUUCACUUCUCAUGACUUCACUUCGCACCAAUGCCGAGCUUGAAGGAGAGGCAGGAGAGCCUUAUUUUCGUCGCUUGGUCUUGCGAUCGGUUUCCCACUUAAUAAGGUUUUACAGUUCAACUCUUAUCACUGAAUGUGAGGUUUUCCUCAGCAUGUUAGUGAAGGUUAUAUCUCUUGAUUUGCCAUUAUGGCAUCGCAUUCUUGUGCUUGAACUUUUGCGGGGUUUUUGUGUGGAGGCACGGACUUUGCGAAUUCUUUUCCAAACCUUCGACAUGAAUCCCAAGAACACAAAUGUCGUGGAUGGUAUGGUAAAAGCUCUUGCUCGGGUUGUUUCAAGUGUACAGGUUCAGGACACGAGUGAGGAGAGCCUGGCAGCUGUUGCUGGAAUGUUUAGUAGUAAAGCUAAAGGGAUUGAAUGGAGCUUAGAGAAUGAUGCUUCCAAUGCUGCUGUUUUGGUUGCAAGUGAAGCCCACACAAUAACAUUGGCUAUUGAGGGUUUGCUGGGAGUUGUUUUUACUGUGGCCACUUUGACAGAUGAGGCAGUGGAUGCGGGAGAGCUUGAAUCCCCUAGAUGUGACUCUGACCCACUGGCAAAGUGUACUGGGAAAACUGCAGUUCUCUGCAUGUCUAUGGUUGAUUCAAUGUGGCUGACCAUACUUGAUGCAUUGUCCCUGAUUCUAACAAAGUCACAAGGAGAGGCUAUUGUAUUGGAAAUAUUAAAGGGAUAUCAGGCAUUUACUCAGGCAUGUGGGGUUCUUCGUGCUGUAGAACCUUUAAACUCAUUUUUAGCUUCCCUGUGCAAAUUUACAAUCAAUAUUCCUUCUGAACCUGUAAAGUGGAGUGGUUUACAAUCUCCUAGUGCAAAACGUUCUGAACUGUUGGUUGAUCAAAGGGAUAGCAUUGUCCUUACUCCCAAGAAUGUGCAGGCCUUAAGGACUCUCUUCAAUGUUGCUCAUCGAUUGCACAAUGUUUUGGGCCCUUCUUGGGUUUUGGUUUUGGAAACUCUAGCAGCUUUGGACCGUGCAAUCCAUUCUCCACAUGCCACUACUCAGGAGGUCUCAACUGGUGUCUCAAAGCUUACAAGAGAAUCAUCUGGUCAAUACAGUGACUUCAGCAUCCUCUCUUCCUUGAAUUCUCAGCUGUUUGAGAGCUCAGCAUUGAUGAACAUAUCUGCAGUUAAAUCACUUCUUUCUGCACUAUGUCAGUUGUCACAUCAAUGUGUGACAGAAACUGUAAGUGGUUUUGGACAAGUAUCAAGUCAAAAAAUUGGAAGCAUCAGUUUUUCGGUGGAGAGAAUGAUAUCCAUCCUUGUCAAUAAUCUUCACAGGGUGGAGCCUUUAUGGGAUCAAGUUGUUGGACAUUUUCUUGAGCUUGCUGAUAAUGCUAAUCAGAACUUAAGAAAUAUGGCACUUGAUGCAUUGGACCAAUCAAUUUGUGCUGUUUUGGGUUCAGAUCAGUUUCAGGAAAAUGCGGCAUCCAGACUACAUGGCACAUCUCAUGAAAUGGAAGCCUUGCAUGCAGAGUUGAGAUCACUUGAGUGUGCUGUCGUAUCUCCAUUAAGAGUUCUCUACGUUUCAAAUCAAAGCAUCGAUGUUCGUGCUGGAUCUCUAAAGAUUCUUCUGCAUGUUUUGGAGAGGCAUGGAGAGAAUUUGCAUUACAGCUGGCCAAAUAUUCUUGAGAUGUUGAGGUCUGUAGCUGAUGCAUCAGAGAAGGAUCUUGUCACACUGGGAUUCCAGGUUAGAAAAGCAAAUACAUUACUUUGUAUUUUCCAUCAGUAAUACAAUAUUGCUGCU